AUGCAUGAUUUGAUACAGGAAAUGGGUCAAAACAUUGCUCGGCGUAAAAUGGCAAGACAUGAAGUUUUUAAUGGAAUGAAAAAAGUUGAAGGCAUUUUCUCGGACAUGUCUGAAUUAGGAAAGAUACACUUGGGUCAUGGAGCCUUUCCACAGAUGCAUAACUUAAGAUUGCUCAAAUGUUAUAGGCCUCAGAAUUGGUCAGAAAACAAAAUUAUAGGCUCUACAUCUGAAUCUAGUGAACCAAGUCAUCUUCUGCAUCUCUCCAAUAAGUUGAGUUUACUUCAUUGGGAUGAAUACCCUUACAAAUCUUUACCAUCUAAUUUUUUAAUGGAGAACCUUGUUGAAAUCAACAUGCAAGGCAGCAAAGUUGAACAACUUUGGAAUGGACGUAAGUGUCCUCAACAAUUAAAACGGCUCAAUCUUUCUGAAUCCGUGCACCUGAGGAGGCUCCCAAAUCUCUCUUCAGCAACUGAGCUGGAGUGGAUAAGUCUGCAGGGAUGUGAGAGUUUGAUCAUACAUUGUCCCAUGUGCAGGAGAGAUGUAGAAGAAACUCCAGCAGAUUUUGAGGUUCCUGUUGUUCCCAAGGAAGGUGAUUGUUUCUACUUUGCAUGUGAAUGCCGUUUCAAAAUUCCUACGAGAGAAACAUAUGACAAUGAAAGGUCUGGCAGACCAUCUGUUUCUUUUCUACUACAAGCCACGUUAUCUUUGUAA